GUCUGCUUAUAGAAAUUUGGAGGGAAAUGUGAUGUGACUGUCAAUCUUCUUUGUGGUGCAUGUGAUGAUAAAUUUGGAAGUAAACUACUGUAAGAGAUUCUCAAAAAAGGAAUGGAACAUUUGGUGUGACAAAUAAAGCCCUAUGUGUCUCUGUGGACUAAGUUGGCAUUUGUCAGGUGUAAGCCACUGAGUGAAAGACGGGAGAGUUCUUGAUUGUCCUAGCUGGUCACAACCGAACGGUGGAAUUGGCGAAACCUUUUUUUCUGCUUCAGUGGUUCUAUCAUCAGCAGCGUAACUAACUAGUGUCACUUGUGGACGGGAGACCGGGAGUGUCUUAGAAAAAAAUAACCGAUCAGCGACUGAUGUUCCUUUGAAUGCUAUUGAGGAGUAACAUUGGAUUUGUCGGAAAUCUGCUGCAGGAUUUUAGAGGAUGCUAACUGGAUAUUUGGAGAGCUAUUAUGUCUCAUAUUGUCUGGUACAUUUUUCUUGAGAUUUAUUUGUGAAGAACUGUUGACAUUAGUGUGAACUGGUGAAAAGAUGAUAUUUGUUUCCUUAGAAACAAUAAUUAUUACUGAAACUGCAAUUUUCUGGAACUCAAAAAAGUUCACUGGUUAGAAUGACCAAGAUGUGGAUUUUUUUUGGCCUACUGGGAUUAAUAUAUGAUUUAAGGCAGAUGGAAUUACAGCUGAUAGAUUUUUAAAGGAACAACAAGGCAUGAGUCAGACAGCAUAAAGACGACCUUGUCCAAGAACAGCACAAAGACAACCUUGUCCAAGAACAGCAUAAAGACGACCUUGAACAGAUACAGCAUGCUUCUCAGGAUCUAGACACUUGUGAAUGAAGAGCCUAAACUAGCCCUCACCAUCUGUAGUAUUGUAAACUUAUCUGUUGUCAUCUUCUGUUGCCAUGGAAACCAGACUGCUUGAGCCAAUGGAGAGCCUCAUCUCAGCUUUUGUCCUUAUUACAUUCCUUCAAACAGCUUUGGGAGCGCAGGAAUUUUACCGGCAGCCAACACACGAAUCAGCAGUCCAGGGUUCAUCCAUCGUGCUGCGAUGUAUAAUCAAGAACCGUGAUGGUACUGUGCAGUGGACGCACGGGGGAUUUGGGCUUGGCACCGAACGCAACUUGCCGGGAUAUGACCGCUACACGAUGAUUGGCAAUACAAACUCUAUAGAUGUGGAUGGAAACUCUAUAGAGGAGUACAGUCUGAAGAUUGACAACCUCCAGCUCAUUGACGACACCAACUACACGUGCCAGGUGUCACCCGGGGACAGCGAUGAAGGAAUCAUCAGUAACAUGGCAACCGUCACUGUGUUAGUUCCCCCAAGCCCACCAAUUCUCUCAGGAAAGGUCACCAUUCCUGUAACCCUUGAAAAGCCAACGAACGUGACCUGCGAUGCUCUCAAUGGGAAACCGAAAGCUCAAAUAACUUGGAAAAAAGAUGAUGUACGCAUCAUGGAAAACACGUACGAGCUUACCACCACACAGCCUGAUGGGAAGCGUGUCGAUACGAGAGGCAUCGUUACAAUAACAGCCCAGCCAUCAGACGCGGGGAAGAAGAUUGAGUGUGGGGCAUGGAACAUGGCAUUGAAAGAAGGAGAGCCGCUCUGGACACAGGCUACACUGGAUGUUCAAUAUGCCCCAAAAUUAACGUUGACCCACAGCAAUCCCGACAGGACAAUCCGGGAGGUUGAUGAAGUGAAAUUUACCUGUUCAGGGGAGGCAAACCCCUUCCAGAUUACAUGGAGAUGGUACAGAAAUGGAGAACUGCAGGCAGAUGUCAAUGGUUAUCAGUACACAAUCCCCCGAAUAACGCGGGAUUUCCAUGGGCAGAUUAUCAGGUGUGAGGCUGAAAACAGCGUGGGGACGACAGCAGUGGAACACUCCUUAAAUAUAUUGUAUGGCCCAAAAUUCAAGGGUGACCCAGCGCAUGUGUCAGUGGACCAGGGCGAGCGUGCAGAGCUUGUAUGCGAGGCAGAGGGCAACCCGACUGCUGAGAUCACCUGGCGACGGCAAAACAAGUACUCAGUACUCCACACUGGGUCCAUAUAUGUGAUCCCCAGUGUACGCGAGGGCAUGUUUGGGGUUUACACGUGUACUGCCACAGUGCUCGGCUUCCAUGAGAUCAGUCGGGAUAUUUAUGUUACGGAGAAUGGUCCACCUCAGAUUACAAGUGACGCCACCCAGUAUGCUUCCAUUGGGGAUCGAGCCAUGAUACAGUGCCUCAGUAUUUCCUCACCAAAACCAAUUUUUGUGUGGUCCCGGAAUAGCCAGCCGAUCGAUUAUGCUUCAUCCGGCCGAUUUUCCGCCCCAGAGGAAGGACUGCCAUUUGGCGGGAAAAGUAGCUUGCAGAUAUUAGAUGUACAGGAGGAGGAUUUUGGGAUUUACAACUGUACUGUGAUAAACACUAAGGGCUCUGCAACCCUCAUGAUUAAGUUGGAAAAAUCUGAGGAAGUACAGAUGGCAGUGAUUAUCGGCAGUGCGGUGGGAGGGGUAGCGGUUAUUUUCAUCAUCGUUAUUGCGUGUAUCAUCUACUACAAGUGUCGACAUUCCGACAAUGAGUCCUACGCAGAGACGGACAGCAAUACGGAAAUAAAGAAACGUGACAAGAACGAGUCUCCGUCGGAGAUGACCAAAUCCACCCUUAUGGACCAAUGGCGGCAGGAUUACAAUUACAGAUACUCCGCAGAAUUUGAUGAUGUGGAUGCGAAGGUUGGGAACACAUCUGGCCAGUAUGUAUGUUAUGAUACGGAGCGAUAUGGUACCAUGCCGACCAAUCACACCAAUGGUCAUUUGUACGGGGAAGGGGUGGAUGAUUUAGGACCACUCAACAGGUUUGAGAACAGUUACAGUACAGGAUACAUCCCCUCCACAUUCAGAAGUCCAUCGAGGACGGAUUUCACGAGUGGCAGAGUUUCUGCAAACGAGUUGGCGAGUGGUCGAACUUCCGUGAACGAUUUCACAUCCGGCCGCGUUUCUGCCACAGACUUUACAAGUGGCCGUGUGUCCACGACAGAUUUUUCAGGUCGAGCUUCCGCUGAUCUUGUGGAACCGUUUCGGCUACCAACUGCUGACAAUACAACUUCAAAACUGGCUACAAAUGUUUAGUGGCUUGUGAUUGGUCAGUUUGAAUUUGAAAAACUUGAAAAGCAUGUUGUGAUUGGUUGAUUCAAAUUAAGUGUGCCUGAGUGACUGUGGUUCUUUGGAAAAGUGCUUGGGUUUUGGUUUGUUGAAAUAAUACAGGAAAAUAGACUAAGAAGUUAAUGGACAGAAAUGCAUUGACAAAUUCCCAAAUAUUCUCAGACCAAAGUAAAGUUACAAGUGUGAUAGUUGUUUGUAGAUGUUUGUGAAAUCUUUCUUGACUUGUGUAUAGGAAGUUGUGUAUAUUAGAAUUUAAUGAAUGAAUUAUAUUUCUUUGAACAAUAUUGAAAUAAUGAAUGUUAAAUGUUCAAACCUGUGAAAUCAUCUAUCAUUGUUGUCAUCAGUUUUUAUAGUGGUUAACAAUAAUGGUGCAUAAUUAUAUUGGAUGUACAUGUAGUAAGUAUCGGGUGUGGAACUAGUCAUUUAUACACAUCAAGGCUUUUGUGAAGCUUAUGAAAUAUUCACAAAUGAAUUUCUCAGGAAAUUCAUUGCAAUUAUGUGCUUUGAACUUUGACCAAAAUUAUGCUGUAAGUUAAUCAUGUUUUGUAAGUGUUUGAUAGUUACUCAUGUUAAACAGAGCAAUAAGUUUGAAUGAUUAUUUAUUUGUGUAUUGUAUCUUAGGAAAUCCCAUCUCAGUUUUUCAAUGAAAUGUAUUUUAAUAUUUGAAGCAUAUUUUCAAUUUAACUAUCACUUUGUUGUCAUGUUUUAUUAAUGAAUGAACUUUUAUUUUACAUUUAAACCCUAAUUUCUUACAUUUAGUCAUUUCAUUUAUUGUUUUUAUCAUGCAAGUUCAAUGAAUGUUUCAGCUAUUAGAAAAUGAAUUGUGUUCCAUGAAAUUCUGAAUCAAUUCUUUUUAAUUUUCUUAUUGUGCAUGAAAUGGUAGCACCAAUUGUAUAUAUUAUACAUACCAUAACAGUUAACAUAGCUUUAGCAAAGUCUCCUUAAUAGCUUCAGGAAAGUUACCUAAAUGUGGCUAUAUAUAAAUAGCUUUGGGAAAGUCACCCUUUAGUGGUUAAUAGCUUCAGGAAAGUCACCCUAUUGCUGUUAAUAGCUUUAGGGAAGUCAGCUAAAUGUAGCUAUAUAUAAAUAGCUUCAGGAAAGUCACCUAAAUGUGGCUCUAUAUAAAUAGCUCCGGUAAAGUCACCCUAUAGCGGUUAAUAGCUUCAGGAAAGUCAGCUAAAUGUGGCUAUAUAUAAAUAGCUUCAGGAAAGUUACCCUAUUGCUGUUAAUAGCUUUAGGGAAGUCAGCUAAAUGUAGCUAUAUAUAAAUAGCUUCAGGAAAGUCACCUAAAUGUGGCUCUAUAUAAAUAGCUCCGGUAAAGUCACCCUAUAGCGGUUAAUAGCUUCAGAAAAGUCACCUAAAUGUGGCUCUAUAUAAAUAGCUCCGGUAAAGUCACCCUAUAGCGGUUAAUAGCUUCAGGAAAGUCAGCUAAAUGUGGCUAUAUAUAAAUAGCUUCAGGAAAGUUACCCUAUUGCUGUUAAUAGCUUUAGGAGACACCUUAAUGUGGUUACAUAUAAAAAGCUUCAGGAAAGUCACCCUGAAGUGGUGAAUAGCUUCGGGAAAGUCACCCGUAGAAAAGAGGUAAAUAGCUUCAGAAAAGUUAUUUAAAGUACAUCCUCCUUUUUUUAUUUCUUUUUAAAAAAAAUUGUUUUAACAUGGUAAAGCUUCACUUUUAUUUCAGUAAAAUAACUUGUUUUAUGAUUUAGUUGUUUAGCUUUUACUUUACAAGAAGUAUUAUUUGUUUUGUGUUCAUUUUCAGCUUGCAAUUUAUUACUUGUUUAUCUAUGCAUACUCUUUGUUUUGAAUAUUUUGCUUGAUUUGCUAUUAUAUUUUCAACGCAAUAUUUGUAAUUUUGUUAAGAUGGAGUUAUUAUUCAAGGGUACUCUAAGAAGAACUGAAAUGCUUCUUUAAGUUAAUAGUAUUGCCAACUUAAUUGUUCAGAAGACCAAAAAUAAAUAACUAGAAUAGUGUUUAGCGCCAACUGUCUCUAUACUAACCAUCGCACAAGCAUAAACUGCCGAAAAACCCAUUUAAUAAAACCAAUGAAUGACUAAGCAAAACUAUAGAGGUUGUUUUUUGUGAAAGCGUUCUAAAUUAUUUAAUCAGAAUCCUUCAGUGGAUUCCAUUAGUGGAGACAGAGUGUGAACAAGUUAGAAUAAGUGUGGAAAAAUCAUGUAAACUGAAGUGAGUAAAUGACAAUUUAACUUGCUAGUCAAAUACUUACAACAAUUGCACAAUUUAGUAGCAAAUAAUGUUUUUCCUCUUUAUUUGUUAUGUUUUGCCUAAUUUAGCCCCAAAAGCUGGGUUCUAUAGCAUUUUACAAUGGUUGAAAUUCAGAAGUUCUAAGUUGUUCAAAAUAGAAGGGACAUACUGGUAUUGUUAUGAAAUAAUUAGAAAAAGUGCAAAAAAAAAUGUUUUUAACUUUUGUGUGCUGUAACAACAUAAGGCUUUUGUGAAUUUAGAUCUGUUUGUCAUUACAUGUAUUCCUUCCGUUACUUAAUUAAGUUGAUCUCAAAGCAUCAUAUCGGAUAAAUGAAAAUAAUAAAUGAAAAUACGCCAUAUAUUGCUCUACUGUUUCUUUCAAGUGUAAGUUUGAAUGGACCGCAACAUGAUGGGGCCAUAUAAUCGAUACACUUUUUGUACAAUCGCUUUUUCUCAAAAUAUUUCUGAGAAAAUAUAAGAUCUUUUUACAAGCUAAAAGCUUAAUUGGUCAGGUUUUGGAAUGUUAAUUUAAAACACUGACAUAAUACUUCACUCUUAAUUUUAAUUUCUAAUUCAUAAGAUGGCCCUAUGGUUCAAUAUUGCAAUUUUGUUAAUGUAUUCAGCUAUUACCACAGAGAAAUAAGUUUUUGAAUUUUAAUUCUCUGUUUUUAUUUUGGGAAAAAAAUAUUUAAUGUUAUUGAUAAUUUUGUCAUUGUGCAUAAACUUUAACCUUGGCUGUAAACUUAAAACCUGUUCCAAGAUAUUCAAAUGAAACUUGGUACACCUGUUGCCAGGGACAAUAUGCGCAUGCAUAGAAAGGCCCAUAACUCUAGCUUUGAUAUUUAUUUAGUCAUGCACCUUGUUCAAAUGGAAAAAACAAGACAGACAUUGGCAUAUGUUUUGCUGCACCCAAGUUUGAAAUUAUAUUCUAUUAAAUAGAUUGUAACAUGGGUCUUUAGUUAAACAAUAAUUCAUUGUAGCAUUAACUUGUAUGCAUUAUAUCUAAAAUCUGCCAAUUUUAUACAAUUUAUCCGUUGUUAAUAUUUUGCAACCCAUUAACUCUCACUAUCUGUACAUUUCUGAGUACUGAUGUUUGUUAUUUACUUUAUAUUAUUAUGGAUGUCUCAUUUAUGUGUGCAAUGAUGAUUGUAUUGUGUAUUAUAUUGCUAUUAAACUAUGAUAAAUAAAGUUAAUUUUCU